AUGGCGGGAAGAAGUGGAGUAGAAAUGGUUUCCCAAUCAAAACCCCAUUUCCACCGUCCUAAACUCACCCCAGAAACGUACAGCUUGCGGGUAUUCAUCAUCCAUUUUUCCUUCAUUGUUCGCUCCCUUACUCUCUCCCUCCCUCAUUCUCUGUUUCUCUUUCGUUCUUCAUUUCUUGCCUUCUUCCUCUCUCUAUCUCUACCUCCAUCUCCAUCUCCUCCCUCUCUCCAUGUGUGCGCACACAAACGUCCGUCCCUCAUUCUUCACUCGUCGGCUGGCCGACAGCUGGGCGUCUACUCUGCUGCUAUCCUGUCAAUUCUCCUCUCUCCUUUCUCCAUGCUAAGACGUGAGCCACAUCAGCCAACGGCCAACGACCAAGGGCCGAGGACCAUCGAGCAUCGACCAAAAGCUUCACGGAAGCUGGGCUGGUCUGACAGGACCGGGUUCGCGGACCAGAUUUCGCCUCGCUUCCUGGUUAGGUUUGACAGGUCAGCCGAUAGACAGCCCACAUGA